AUGAUGCAUCCAAGAAAAACGAAGAUUAGGAUCCCUCAGAAUACAUCUAAUGAUUUGAAUUUUGACGAAGUCUUAACUCUAUUACAAGAUGCAAUUGAUAAAAUCUUUAAUGAUGAUGUUGGGGUACUUUCUUUUGAGAAGUUAUAUCAUGCCAUUUAUACCCAAGUUAGAGGAGGUCAAUCUGAGAAAAUAUAUAAGGAGGUAAAAACAUACGUUGUUAAAAAAUUAGAUAAAAUUCAAACCAAUCUAUUUGCUCAACAUCUGAAUAAUGAAAAGAAACUUAGUGAUUUAGAGAUGUUAAAAACUGUAGCUAACAUGUGGGAAAAAUUAUGCUAUAAGUUCAAGAUAAUUUCAGAUCUUAUGAUAUAUUUAGACAAAGUCUAUUCAAAAGAAAACAGGAAAUUAGAAUUAUAUGAUUUAUUUUUGGAAUUAUUCAAGAAUACAAUCCUAAAUAAAAUGGUUUUAGAGAUUAACAAAAUCUUAUUAAAAACGAUUAACAAGGUUCGUGAUUUGAAAGUAGGAAAAAUGCCAAGCGACACAACUAUCGAUGAAGCUGAGUGUAUUGAAAUAUGGAAGAUCAUAAUAUCAAUGAUGGAAUUGAUUGAAGAUGGGAAAGGUAACUAUUUCCUAAAUCGUUCCGAAACAUAUUUAAUAGAAGAAACUGCAUCGUAUUACAAAAACAUUGAUCUUUCCAAUAAUUUAUCAUUGAAGGAGUACCUGAAAAAAGUAACUGCUUUUAAGGAAAUUGAGUUUACUUUGGAUACUCUCUUUUUGAAUAGCGAUACUAGCACAAAAAUAACAUCAUCGUUGGAUGAAGUUUUAAUUAUGGACAAAAUUACAUAUAGAUUACCAACAUUCGUGCGCCAAUGUGCUAAUGAUAAUGAUACCAAAUUAUUGCAAGAGCUUUAUAGUUUAUCAUCGCAAACUAAAUUUAGAUUAAACGUUAUUAAUGCAAUUAAAUUAUGCCUUAAUGACGAUCUAUCAGCAUGUACAGUAGAUACGACUAUAAGAAAGAGAAGUACCAUAGCUUUUAAAUGGUGUUCUUGCAUUUUAGAGAUAUAUCAAGCAUUUGAAAAACUUUUAAAUGACAUUGAUUUUGACGAUAUAGAUCUAUCAGAAAACGAACAAACGAAUGUAAACAAGGCUAGUGUUAUAAUUAGAAGUGUAUUUUCAAAGUAUUUAGCACUGGAAUCUUCUUUGAAAACAGAAAUGAUUUCGUUAUAUCUAGAUACUUACUCAAAGACGCUUCGCGAUGAGAAUGGAACGCCUUCAUCUAAAAAGAACUUAGAUAAAUGUAUUAAGUUAUUGCCUUUAUUAUCAGAAAAAGAUUUAUUUGAGUCCUUGUAUAAACAAUAUUUAUCAAAGAGACUACUACAAAAAACUUCAACACUUAAGCAUGAAAAAUGGAUGGUGAAAAAAAUCAAAGAGCAAAUGGGUACAUUUUUUACAUCCAAAUUUGAAGGCAUGUUAAGAGAUAUCCAAACUUCUGAAGAUAUGUUAAAAGUUUAUAAAAAUAAUUAUGGUGAUAAAUUAUUUGAUAUAGAAUACACUCCCAAUGUAUUAACUAUGACCACCUGGCCAUUUAAUCAUGAUAAUUCACUGACUGAUGGAAAUACUUUAGAGGAGAAUAAGAUAACUCUCCCAGAUAAAUUAGAAGAAAUGCAAGAUAAUUUUGAAAAAUGCUAUAAGAAGAAAUAUGAUCAGAGAUUAUUGAAAUGGUCUGCCAAUCUGAGUAUGAUGGUAAUUGGCUACCAAUUUGAGAAAAGUUAUCAUGAACUUGCAUUACCUCUAUAUUCUGCAUUAAUAUUUUUAUUAUUUCAAGAAAAUGAUUCUUUAACAUUUGAUGAAAUGAGCAACUACACAAAGAUUCCAGAGAAAGAAUUAACUCGUCAUUUAAUUUCAUUAGCUGUAGCUCCAAGAAAUAGAAUAUUGAAGAAGUUUCCCUUAACGAAGACAAUCAGUGGAGAUCAUCAAUUUUCUAUUAAUGAGUCUUUUACACAUCCAUCGCGUAGUGUCAAAAUACAUAUAAUAAAUGCGACGGCAACAGCAAUUAACCCCAAACCCACAUCUUCAACAUCUUCAGUUGAAGAAUCAUUGCAUAGAGAAAGGCUACAGACCUUGAACACUGCUGUUGUGAGAGUAAUGAAAGCUCAUAGGAAAUUAUUAUUUAAUGAACUCUUGGAAAAAUCAAUUGAAUUGAUGAAGGAUAGAUUCACGGUGACAGCAUCAAUGUUAACCAAAUCAAUUAACAAUUUAGUUAGUAAAGAAUAUUUACAAAGAGAUCCUGAUUCCAAAGAUCUAAUAUAUUAUCUGCCCUAA